GGAGGGCAAGCUCUUCCCCAGAGGGUUAGAACCUGGAACCCACAUUUCAGACCAGUUUUCCCAUCAGGCACCACCAGAGGCUGGUGCAGGUAGCUGGCACCCAUGAUACUUAUCUGUGUCCUUGAUUCCAAUAGCCCAAGCCAGUGUUCUGCCUGGUUUUUUUUUCCUUCCCUAUAAAGCACAGACUGGGUAGAGUGGUACCUAGGGUGGGUAGGCUGGCGAGGAAUAGAUUGUGAUUCUGUCCAUCAGCCCCAUGCAGAGAGGCUCCCCUCUCAACUACAUUAUUGCCCAGUCAAUCCCAGGAGUUCUGCCCAGGGCUAUCCUGGGAAAGCUUUGUUUUGAAAGGGUCCCGUGGUCACCUCUGGGCCUGGGGUGCACCCUUGCUUGGGAUGGAGAGAUAGCUAGUAGGGUAACAACCCCAGGGCAGGGACAGGGACUCAGGAUGCCAGCUGCCUCUACACCCUGUUCCUCCUCUAGAAAACGUCCAAAAGGACACUUGGUGCUGGUAUUCUCUGCUUCUUACCUGAAAUUGCACCACCUUCUCUGUGGCAAGGCAUAAGUAGGUGCCACCCCCUCCUGGGGGACUGCCUGGAAACUGGAAUGCACACUUGUGCAGCUGGGAGAUGGGCUCAUCCACAUCAAGGAGCGCACACUGUUUUGCUACUUUACGGAUGAUCUGCAAUGGAAGGAUGCGACUGCUUCUUCUGCGAGGGCUUCGAGAUGACCUUGAUAAGGCGGCUGUGGAAGGUACCCAGCUCCCGGCCCCCGCGCAGCACCAGCCGCAGCACCAGCCGAAAGUGCUUCCUCUUGUCUGCAUCUGAGAUGUACAGGGUCUUGGCGCAGCCGAAUUCCUAGGGGGCUCACAGGUACAGGGCCAUCUCAUCCCAGCCCUCCCCCGUCGGAUGAACCAACCUCUCCCAGAUAUCGGACGUCCGCCCCGUCGGAGGUGACCAGAAGCUCCACCAUCCAGGCUCUCAGGCUCGGCCUUAAGGCAGGACCCCGGCCUCCCGGUCUCCCCACCUAUCUCUUGGCUUUCGGAGGGGAGUAAAGGAGCCCUCCUUUCCCAGGAGAGGCAGGGAUAGGAGCAGGAAUCGGACCCCUUCCCGUGCGCUCUCACCCUGGAGUCCGGCUGCUGCUCGAAAUUCAGCUUCUGCGUCUCAGCGGCGCUGCCGGACGCGCUGUCCAGUCCCAUGUAACCGCAGACCGUGGGCCCCGUUUCCCCCGCCUGGUGAGCUGGAAAGGGACGCGAACUGGCUCUGCAAGGACUCGGGAGGACGCAGGUGCCAGGCAAGCUUAGCGCUCGCCGCCAGAGGGCGCGGGGAGACUGCGCCUGCGAACCGCCCCCUCUCGGGCCCAAUCUCGUGGUCCUCCCUACAGAGCAGGCGGCCGACAGCCCUUGAGUCCGCCCUCACCUUGAUCCUGCCCUGGCUUCACCCUCCAGCCAGGCCCCGAGAGGUAGACACAGGGCGGGGGGCAGAAGAACCUGCGGAGAUAAGUGAGUGUUGGAUUCGUGUAUCCAUCUCCACUUGGCUCUCCUGUAAGCACGGCAAGUGCUCAUCAUAAUCUGCAAGUAUCUUGUUUCCUGACUUGUGGGGAGUUUACUGUCUGUCUCUUCCACACUUGAGUGAGAGUGUGGGCUACAGAGCAGGGGCUGUUUCUGUCUUGUUCAGCUGUAUGCCCAGUGCCCAGCAGUACCCACAGAGCCUGGUGCAUACAUGACAAACACUCAGACCAGAGUCUCUCCUCACUCCUGGAGGGGACAGCGCAAGACCGCACCCUCGAAAGCCAGGCCAGACAGGCAGCAGCCACAGCCAGGACCGCUCCACCCCUUGGGGCUCUCCUCAGGGAAGUGCCUUCUAAGCUUCCAAUGAAUUCCGGCUGUGGAGUGUGGCUGCCCCGGUCUCCCCAGUCUCCCGCUGUAGCUGAAUUCCAGCCUGGCCCGCAGCUAGCCCUGUCUGCAGCUCCAAGCGUGCUGCCUGGCAGUCCCCACCUAGGGCACGCUGCCACGCCGCCGUUACCUGGUCCAAGUGCCCGGGAGGCUCCGCCUGUCGGCUUCGCUCUGCAGCUGCAUCUCUGAUCUGUCCUGCAGGCUCAGGCUCUGACACCUCCAUUCUCUGUCCCCAAGCGCCAUGAGAGGCCUUCUUUGCUGGCUCAUGUUGCUGCUCCUUCUUCAGCCCUGGGAAACCCAGCUCCAGUUGACAGGUCCCAGGUGUCACACUGGGCCCCUGGAUCUGGUGUUCGUGAUUGACAGCUCCCGCAGCGUGCGCCCUUUCGAGUUCGAGACCAUGCGGCAGUUCCUCAUGGGCCUCCUCCCAGGCCUGAACGUGGGUCCCAACGCCACGCGCGUUGGCGUGAUCCAGUAUUCGAGUCAAGUGCAGAGCGUCUUCCCUCUCCGCGCGUUCUCUCGCCGCGAGGACAUGGAGCGCGCCAUCCGCGACCUGGUGCCUCUGGCGCAAGGCACCAUGACGGGACUGGCAAUCCAGUACGCCAUGAACGUGGCCUUCAGUGUGGCCGAGGGCGCGCGCCCGCCAGAGGAGCGCGUGCCGCGUGUCGCCGUCAUCGUGACAGACGGGCGGCCCCAGGACCGCGUGGCCGAGGUGGCGGCACAGGCGCGCGCCCGCGGCAUUGAAAUUUACGCGGUGGGGGUGCAGCGCGCGGACGUGGGCUCCCUGCGCGCCAUGGCAUCGCCCCCGCUAGACGAGCACGUCUUCCUCGUAGAGUCCUUCGACCUCAUCCAGGAGUUCGGCCUGCAGUUCCAGAGCCGGCUGUGUGCCAUUGAUCUGUGUGCUGAAGGGACCCAUGGAUGUGAGCACCACUGCGUCAAUUCCCCAGGCUCCUAUUUCUGUCGCUGCCAAGUUGGCUUUGUACUCCAGCAGGACCAGAGGAGCUGCAGGGCCAUUGACUACUGCAGCUUUGGGAACCAUAGUUGUCAGCAUGAGUGUGUUAGCACCCCUGGUGGGCCACGGUGCCACUGCAGAGAGGGCCAUGACUUGCAGCCUGAUGGGAGGAGCUGUCAGGUCCGGGACCUUUGCAAUGGCGUGGACCAUGGCUGUGAGUUCCAGUGUGUGAGCGAGGGCCUCUCCUACCGCUGCCUGUGCCCCGAGGGGCGGCAACUUCAGGCAGAUGGCAAGAGCUGCAACCGGUGCCGGGAAGGCCACGUGGACCUUGUUCUGCUGGUUGAUGGCUCCAAGAGCGUGCGUCCACAAAACUUCGAGCUAGUGAAGCGCUUCGUGAACCAGAUUGUGGACUUCCUAGAUGUGUCCCCCGAGGGCACACGCGUGGGGCUGGUGCAGUUCUCGAGCCGCGUGCGCACCGAGUUCCCUCUGGGUCGCUACGGCACCGCAGCCGAGGUGAAGCAGGCGGUCCUGGCCGUGGAGUACAUGGAACGCGGCACCAUGACAGGGCUGGCGUUGCGGCACAUGGUGGAGCACAGCUUCUCCGAGGCGCAGGGUGCACGGCCCCGUGCCCUUAACGUGCCUCGUGUUGGCCUGGUCUUCACGGAUGGCCGCUCCCAGGAUGACAUCUCGGUGUGGGCAGCGCGCGCCAAGGAGGAAGGCAUCGUCGUGUACGCCGUGGGCGUGGGCAAGGCGGUGGAGGCGGAGCUGCGCGAGAUCGCCUCGGAGCCAGCGGAACUGCACGUGUCCUAUGCCCCGGACUUCGGCACCAUGACGCACCUGCUGGAGAACCUCAGAGGCAGCAUCUGUCCAGAGGAGGGCAUCAGCGCAGGGACAGAGCUUCGGAGCCCAUGCGAAUGCGAAAGCCUCGUGGAGUUCCAGGGCCGCACGCUGGGGGCGCUCGAGAGCCUGACGCUGAACCUGGCCCAGCUGACGGCGCGCCUGGAGGAUCUGGAGAACCAGCUGGCCAACCAGAAGUGAGGGCCACGGACGGCCCAGACCCGGGCUGGGGCGCGGCACCACGGACGGUGCCCCUUGCGCGCCAUCGGUGCGCCUGGGCCAGGCAGAACCUGGGCACGGCAGAACCUGGGCCCGUCCGGCUUGGGCUGUCGGGGCGGAGGCGCUGGCGGGCUUCCGGCAUUGAGCUGAGUUGGCCUCGCCCGGACCAUUAGGCGGACUGCGGCGUCAGGGGGAUAGCGGGUGGUGAGGGAAGGGGCACGUGCUAGACCGGCACGCCCUCGCCGCGUGCUGCGCUCAGUUCUUUGUUGGAUUUCUUGUUUGUGUUCUUAAAAAAAUAAAAAAAAACUGAUUUCCACGGGG